UACCGAAAUCCUGUACCAGAUGCUAAUGACCUUUCGCUGGGUCGAAAAUCCAUGUCUGGAAUAGCAUCAGUCUUAGCAGGUUCCGAUAAUCUAACAACAGGAAUCCAAGACAAUGUACGUCCUUUACUUGACCAUAGUGGUUUGUCAAGAUAUGAAGCUAAUAAGGCUCUUGUGGAAGAAUUAGGCGAAUCUUUUGUGGGAAUGAUUAAUAAAGAGACUUGGAGUGUUGAAAAAUUUAAUGAUUUUAUAAAUGCUGCUUCACAGUUUAUGUUUAUGAAGGAAAUGCGAAAGGCUGUAUUAGCUGCUUGCGUUAAAUAUCAUGACCGGAUAUCUUCUGAUAUGUAUGAUUGGCUAGUGAACGAUCCGAACAUUGUAGAUGAGGCACCAAUAAGUAUUAAAAGAGAAUUAUUCGCUCGUGAUAAAUCAUUAUUCCGACUUUAUGUAACCCCACUUUUCGAAGAAUAUUUGAAAGAUCAAAGUUUGUAUUUUCUCAGCAGAGAAAUGAGAGGAACUAACAUAAACGAUGUUUUAGACUUUAGAAUGAAUAAUAAAGGUCUUCAAGACAUCAUAAAUAUGAUUGGUGAAAACAACAUAUUGUUUGAUGAAAUGCAAAAUCUCAUCAGAAUUUGGUUUUUUGACAAUGGAUGGUCUAGAAUUUGUUCAUUUCGCUUCGAUUUUUUCAUGGGAAUGCAAAAAGCGGACCGUAUUCAAAUGUGUAAACGUGAUCAUUCGUUUAAUUUUAUUUGGUACGUAAAUUCCGGAAUAAGAAAAGGAUUUGAUUCAAACCGUAUUAAUGAAUUGAUAAACAUGUACAACAAAGCUAAAAAAUCAGCAUCCCCAGACAUCAUCGAACUUGCGAUGGUUUUUCAAGAUCCUCUUGUCGUGAGCGUUUUUUCUGCUCGAAUAGUAGAUAUCUUACGAAAAUAUGUUGAUAAAUCAUUAGAAAGACUACCAUCGCGACUUGUCAAUAAUCUUGAUGAAAAAGAAUUCUAUGAAGGCUUUUAUAAACACUUAUUAUUCAUGAUGGUUGAUGAUAGACAAAGGGAAGCAAAAGAAAGUAAUAAAGCCCGUAAAGAGAAAACUCAAGAUGUAAUUGAUAUCCAAGAAAUACCACCUACGCCUUCUUGGAUUUCAUUUGGCGAAGCGGAAACCCAUUUAUUGAAGAAAAGUGAUCCUGCUAGAAAGAUCUUUUGUCAGUAUAUCGUGGAAAGAACUGAUAAAGGUGAUCCAGUUGCAGUGCAUCGAUGUUUACCAUUUAUAUAUGCAUCAUUACCACGCAAUGAAAAUGACUUUAUGCAUUUAGAAAUGUACGAAUCUAUGUAUCAAUCGGUCGUAACUAUAAUCAUCAAAUCGCAUCGAGUUCGUGUACUUUGUUCUGAAAGAUGGAGAUCUGUUAUAACUGACUUGAUCAAUAUUACACCUUGGAGAUUAAGUAUUCAAGAAUUAGUUGUAAAACUAUUUAUAGAAUUUUAUAGUGAUGAGGUUGCCAACCAAUUGACAACUUUAGGCUGUGUAGAACGAAUGAAAUUAGUGAGAGAAUGGGCUGAAAGAAUGUGCAUCACGGGAGUAAAUAUGAAAACCGGCGACGUUAAAGCACUAAGACAUAAGUAUUUGCUUAUGAUUUUUAGGUCUACACAGGUUGUAAGUGGAAUCUAUUCCAUAAGACCCGAUGUUUGUCCGGUAUUAUGGGAAAUCGCUUUUCAAGGAAAUAAGGAUGUUAAUUUGAAUGCAAAAGACGCAAGAGCGUUGUUAGAAAUGUAUUUAUAA